AUUGGAGUCGCCCACUCGGACUCUGACCAUGGAGGCUCCCAGAGGGGUGGAGGUGAGCGCUGCAAAGGGACCACUGAAGAUCAGCAGCAGGAAGGACCUGCAGCUGGACUCCACAGAGGGAGAGAUCCUUCUGGAUGCUAACAGCAUUCAGCUGGGAAGCCUCCCGCUCGGCAUUUACACCGCGUCCACCAGUCAGGCCCCGGGGGACCAGUCGGCCUACGAGGUGUGCGUCUGCCCCAGCGGCAAGAUCUACCUCUCCCCCGCCGAGAGCGUCUCCUCCUGCCAGGCCGUGAGCAACAUCUGCCUGUGGAGCUGACGUGGCAGUGGGACGGCUCGGCCGUCUCUGCUCUGCAAUCUGAGAUAGGACUGAAGUGGUCGGCGCUUCAACUCGGAGCAGAAUAGAGGCCCGGGACUCGAGCGUCUGAAGAUGAGAGCGAUCGCUGAGAUCAGAAAUAUCUCUAACCACAGCCUUCGGAUCAGAGGACGCAACUUUUUUAUUUUUCUACUUUUAGGUUCCAGACAGCUGAUGCAGACGUUUUGCAACGACGACGACGACGUGCCUUCAGCUUUAAAUGAGAUUUAGAAAUCGGCUGUAAUUGUAUAAAAAYGAAGCACAAAACAAAUGUUUCAGCAAUAUUUGAAGCUGUUUGGUGUGAAAUUAAACAUGUCCACACUGUUGCGUGA